CGAAGGGGGGACUCCAGGAGAGGGGUACGGGGCAGGGAGAGGGAGGAUGACGAUAAAUGUUUAGUCAUGGCUCACAUCAAGUUGGCUCACGUACCUACCCCAGGCACACCCUAGGAUCGCCUCUUUGGCCGCACCACACGCUGUCGAAAAGAGAGGUUCUUGUGUCCCCCUCAGAAAAGACGGCUGUUAUAACUAAUAGUCGUGCUGUGUAUGUUACUAGGUAGGAUGGCAGUGUUGCUGAGUUGGGGUGAGAGCCUGAGCGCCUGGUUCUGGAAGCCGGAGGUCUGGCUCAUCCGGGGCUACACGUGGGACUCCCUCGCCCAGGCUGAACAUUUUCAGUAUCCUGUCUUCAGCGACCUGUGGACAUACCCUUUUGCCAUAGCCGCUGCCCUCCUUGUCCUCCGAUACUUCGUCCUCAACCCCUUCGUGUUCACCCCGACGGCCCUCGCCCUGGGCGUCUCCAACAACCAGCAGCGGCCGCCGCCUCCAAACCGAGUCCUUGAGGCGGUGUUCCGACGCCACAGGAAUCGCACUCCAGCGGAGGUCAUAUCCAAGGCCGCGCGAGAGAGCGGCUUCAGUGAGCGCAAGGUCGAAAGGUGGCUGAGGCAGCGCGUCGUGUCUGCGAGGUCUACCGAUGUGGAGAAGUUUAACGACUGCGCAUGGCAGGCGUUGUACUACAGUCUGUACUGCGUGAUGGGGUUUGUGGUGCUUUGGGACAAGGCGUGGCUGUGGGACAUCAAGCACUGCUGGUACGACUACCCCGAGCAGAGUGUGGACAACGACAUUUGGUGGUACUACAUGACGGCGCUCGGCUUCUACUGGUGUAUGACGCUCACGCACUUCAUCCAACACCAAAGGAAGGACUCGCUGCAGAUGUUCAUCCACCACGUCCUCACUAUCAUGCUCAUCGUCUUCUCAUGGACGGUCAACUUCGUGCGUCUCGGCUCGCUCGUGCUGAUCGUCCACGAGUGCGCUGACAUCCCCAUGCUGUUUGCCAAGAUGAGCAAGCUCUUCGGGCGUCGGGACUUGAUGGACAAAUUCUUCGUGGUGUUCGUGCUGUUGUGGCUGAGCACGAGGACCGGACUGUUCCCCCUGUGGAUCCUCAACAACUCGCUGUUUGAGGCGCACGUGAUUCUCGAUGUGGAGCUCAUCCCUGUCUAUUACAUCUUCAAUGGGAUGAUGCUUACACUGUUCUUGAUCCACGUCGUUUGGACGUACCUCAUCCUCAGGAUUCUCGUCACGAAGCUUCUGGACCACAAGUUGGAGGACCUCCGCUCCUCUUCGGACGCCUCGGCUGACGAAGACGAGCGUGCCACCAAGAAGGGCCAGUAACCUCGGGGGUUAUAGUCAUAUUCUGCUGUUUUAUGCUUCUUUCACUCACGCUGGAACCAAAGAGAACCAAAGCAGUCACAUUCCACUGCGUAGUUGCGUAGUUAUUUGUGCCAUAUUGUUAGGUUAUCAGUCUACCAGUACCUAGGGGCUGUGAACUUAUUCUUAAUAUGGGAAAUGGCGUUCCCAACUUUGUGUGUGUGUGUGUCAUGUGAAGAG